UUUCAGGCUUGCCGUAGGUUAGCAGUCUGCCGUCAGCACACUGAGGGACGGUCAAAGUUUACUCAACCCGGUCCCGACUGCUUCGGAGCGGCGCAAACCUUCACGUUUCUCCGCAAUGACAGCACGAAAUAUAUCCCGCUUCUGGGAAUGGGGGAGGAAGAUCAUUUGCGUCGGGAGAAACUACGCGGACCACGCCAAGGAGCUGAAAAAUGCGAUUCCUACCGAGCCCAUCCUGUUCCUGAAGCCCCCUUCUGCAUAUAUAAGAGAGGGCUCACCCAUCCUGGUGCCCUUGUACUCCACUAACCUGCACCAUGAGGUGGAGUUAGGGGUGGUCAUCGGGAAAGGGGGCACAGCCAUCCCUCAGGCCGCAGCCAUGGAGCAUGUAGCCGGAUACGCUUUGUGCUUGGACAUGACAGCCCGGGACAUCCAGGACGAGUGCAAGUCCAAGGGUCUUCCCUGGACCAUGGCCAAAGCUUUCAACACCUCCUGCCCGGUCAGUGAGUUCAUCCCCAAAGAGCGCAUCCCUGACCCGGGGAGCGUGAAGCUGUGGCUGAAGGUGAACGACCAGCUGCGGCAGAGCGGCUGCACCUCCCAGAUGAUUUUCUCCAUCCCCUAUCUCAUCAGCUACAUCAGCGACUUCAUCACGCUGGAGGAGGGGGAUCUCAUCCUGACCGGGACCCCUAAAGGAGUCUCCGCCGUGCAGGAGCACGACGAGCUGCAGGCCGGCAUCGAGGACGUUGUCACCAUGAGCUUCAGAGUAGACAGACAAGACCAGUAGUGGGAAUAAAAGACACUAAACGAGGCAAAAGGAAAAUAUUCAUGAAGAGAUUUACUGGAAGAAUGAAAAUAAAUAUUUUAAAUACAUUUUUAAUAUCUGUGUGGAUCAGCAGGUGGCAGUCCUGUGCCACCAAGACCAUUUCUGUGAUUCAUUUUAUAUUGCCUUGUACAGUAUUUCAGAAUGAGUUUACAAAGUAGUUUGAUUACAUUGAUCUGUAUUGGAUAACCAUUGUCGCUGUCUUAGUUACAGAUCAUCAGCGGUACAAGACAUAUAAGGAACUUGUUCUCAAAUAAAAUAUGCCAUUAUA